CACAGCCAUUUCAGGUUGGCUUUGCUGUUGCCAAAGUAACGUUGACUUCAGGACUUCAUAGUAUGAAUCAUUGAUGAUGAUCAUUGCCUGAGCCGUUGUUAUUUUGUCGGUACAUUCAACGAAGCAGAAGUUAUUUACAUGGCGUCUAUAACCAGCCUCCAGACUGAAACUAAUCGUGUCGGAUCGGCAAAGGUACUAUCAUCAUGACUGGAAUGUUUUUAGGAGUGGGUACAGGAGUUUUCCUUAUUGCUCUUGUGUGGAUUGUGGCUAGCGCCGUGAGCAUACUUCUAUCAAGAACAACUGGCUCAGCGAAAUUAGGUAUCGUCCCUGUUCUUCUCCUGGCUCUCAUCAUAACCCUGAUUCUGCUGUUGUUCCCUCGCGCCUCCGAGAUUCCUUCUCCUGUCAAGGAAGUUCAGAUUGUGGACCAACUCUUCAUUGGGCGCUACGUGCUGUUGUCCCUGGUCAGUUUGGUGUUCUUGGCAGCGCUCUUCAUGUUGUUGCCCCUGCAUUUUCUGGAGCCGGUCUAUGCCAAGCCCCUGAGAACCCACUAGCAAGAGGAGCGUCAUGCCAACUUGGCACGGAAUACUGGACUUCACUUAGGAUGUGCCCGGCUGGAGAUAAGAUGCUUCAACAAGUGUACUCUCAACCAUCGUUUUUUCUAUCCUAUGUUUUUGUUUGAGUUGUGUUUGGAAGGUUGGACUCCUAGUUUUGUAUAUUUAAGAAUUUGUUAAGGGGAUUCUGAGCUUUUGUAAUAAACAUUCUUGUUUUUAUA